UGGGAUGGAUGGAUCCCGUCCCCGACCCCAACCGAUUGAGAUGAAGGUCCCCUCCCCUACCUCCGUCGCUCGCUCCUGUGCUAGCUAUCGUGGCCUUUUAUUGCCGCUCCCCUCCUCCGUCCGCCCACUCUAGUUUACUGCUCGCUCUGCUUGCUUUGGGUGCCGUGGCGUGGUGGAUGCUUGGUUGGUUCCCUUCCGCUCCUUGUUGACACCCGACCCCGAGCCGCCCCACGAGAGGUAGCACAGCGAGCCAGCGGCGGGGUAGUACCACUGCCACUGCAUCAUCCGUCCGUGCCCAACGCCACAGGAGAGAGAGAAAGGGGGCGGUGGCAGGCAGAGGCUGCCACGCAGUGGGCGCGCCAUAAAGGAGCGGGCUGCGGGCGGACGGACGGACGGAGUCCACCGAGAUCCGGGAGCCAGCGCCGCGAGAUCCGCUGCCGGAUUCGCCGCCCGGCCGCCGCGCCUCCGCUCCGCUAAAGCUCGGUCCUUUUGGGGAACGGCGUGGUGGUGGUGGUGAGCUGGUGGUGGCGCCGAGGCUUGGUCGUGUGGGCGUGCCCAUGGCGCGGGCGCGCUCGCUGGACGCGGACGCGGGCGAGGAGGAGUUCUUCGACUCCAGGGAGGCCAUCUCGCCGCCCUCCGUCGCCUCGCCGGCGAGCUCCGGCCGCCACAGCAGCGCCGGCGACGGCGACGGCGUUUUGCUCUGCGGCGGGGCCCUGCUCGAGGUCUGGGCCGCGGGCCCCUUCAGCGUCGAGGAGCGCCGCGAGCGGUUCGUCCGCUCCCUGGGCCUCCUGGAUCCGGGAGAAUCGGGGCCGCGCUCGAGGCCCCGCGCCGGCGAGGAGAUCGUCGUCCUGGGCAGCCCCGGCGCGGAGCCGGCCUCGCCCGCCCCUCGUCUCGCGCGCGGGGCUGCGGGGGAGGAGGAGGCGGGGGCGCCCGGCCUAAGCGGCGGCGGCGGCGAGGACGGCCUGGAGUGCGUGUUCAAGAACCUGGACGACGGCACGGUCUUCGUCGUCCACGAGCUGGGCAAGGAUGGCAGCUUCCGGAGCCUCAGGGAGCGCCGCUCCAACCGGACCGUCACCGCCGCGGAAUUCGAGAGGAUCUCCGGCUCCUCCCCGUUCAUCCGCGAGAUGAUGCGCCGGGUGGACGACUCCUCGGACGAGCCCUCCACCCCUGAGAAGUCCGCCGCGGGGAGGGCGAGGCGCCGGAGGAGGCGCCGGUUCGGGUGGCUCCGGAGGCUGGGCAUCGGCGCCUGCGUCGUCGACGCCGAGGACGACGACGAGGCGAAUUCCACCUCAUCCAGCUCCUGCCGGAGCUGCGCCGGGAAGCCCGGGAAGGCCGUUGACAGGGUCAAGGUCAGGCCAUACAAGAAGCGGUCAAAGGAAUUGUCAGCGGUGUACAAGGGCCAGGAGAUCAGGGCGCACAAGGGCGCCAUUGUGGCCAUGAAGUUCAGCUCCGACGGGCAGUACCUGGCCACCGGUGGCGAGGACGGCGUGGUGCGGGUGUGGCGCGUGGUGGAGGGCGAGAGGCCCGACGAGCUCGACUUCGCCGAGGACGAUCCGUCAUGCGUCUUCUUCACUGUCAAUGAGAACUCUGAACUGGCUCCUGUCAACUCCAGCGAAGGGACCAAGAGCAAACAGGACAAGAGUUCAAAGGGGCAAGCAGAUCCGGCCUGUGUUGUGAUCCCUCACCGGACCUUUGCGCUGUCUCAGGUCCCUGUGCAUGAAUUCUAUGGGCAUGAUGAUGCCAUCUUGGAUCUCUCAUGGUCCAAAAAUGGGGACUUGAUCUCUGCAUCUAUGGAUAAAACUGCUCGACUGUGGCGGGUCGGGUGCAAUAGUUGUCUCAAGGUUUUCUACCACAAUAACUACGUGACAUGCGUUCAGUUUCACCCUACGAGUGACAAUUAUUUUAUCAGCGGUUGCAUCGAUGGAUUGGUUCGCAUUUGGGAUGUCCGUAAAUGCCUAGUCGUAGACUGGGCUAAUAGCAAAGAGAUAAUAACCGCAGUCUGUUACCGGCCUGAUGGAAAGGGGGUAGUGGUUGGGACCAUAACAGGAAAUUGCCGCUACUACGAUGCAUCAGAAAAUCGUCUAGAACUGGAAUCUCAGGUCUCUCUGAAUGGCAGAAAGAAGUCUCCGCUUAAAAGAAUAGUUGGUUUCCAGUACUGCCCAUCUGAUCCAAAGAAGUUGAUGGUAACAUCUGGUGACUCACAAGUUCGCAUUCUUGACGGGGUUCAUGUAAUUUCCAACUACAAAGGAUUACAAAGUUCAAGCCAGGUUGCCGCAUCAUUUACCCCAGACGGAGAUCACAUAAUCUCUGCUAGUGACGACUCCCGUAUCUACAUGUGGAAUCAUGCGAACCAACUUGCCCCAGUCACAAGCCGCGUGAAGACAGUGUGGUCAUACGAGCGUUUUUUCAGCAACGAUGUCUCCAUCGCCAUACCAUGGAACGCCUCACAGUCAAGGAACUCUAUUUCACUGGCCUGCAACAUCCCUUCUUUGCGGCAGGAAGUCUCGGGCGACCUCUGCGACAUACAGGACAGCAGCACAUCACGCUGCCAGACUGAAGAUUGCCUUGAAGACGACAACAUGUUCCGGUUACCAUCGGGCAACUUCACUCUUAGCAGGGCGUUCCUUGCAGAGUCUGCGCCAAGGGGGUCAGCCACAUGGCCGGAGGAGCACUUGGCAUCCAACUCCGCGACGGCGUCUAUGUUGCGUAAAUCUCAGUACAAGUUCCUGAAGGCGUCUUGCCAGAAUGCAGCCACACAUGCCUGGGGCCAGGUCAUAGUCACCGCAAGCUGGGACGGCCACAUCAGGUCAUUCCAGAACUAUGGCCUGCCGGUGCAGGUUUGACAUCGCGUCUUCUCGGCAUUGCUUCAUCAGUGGGUUUCCCAGAAGCGCGGCGCGUCUCGACUUCACGGCGAAUGCUUUGAUGCCCCGCCUCGGGAAGCCUGGCUGGCCCGAGCUUGACGCUCGUCCAGAUAUACUGUUGCGGUACAAAGCGUCACAUGGCUGGUUUCUUGUGCUAACAUGCUUGUGGACCAUAAGUUGUAUGUAGCCCGGGUGGUCCUCCAAGAUCCCGCCAGCGUCGACGCCCUUGUAGCAGCAGGCCCCCUUGGGAAGAAGGCGGACCGCCUUCCUUCGCUGAAUUAUGCAACCUUGUGGCGGGGUCUGGGCAACCGAGACCUCUUGAUGCUGUUUCUUUGCGUUGUUCUGGAGCCCUCCGUAAAUAUAUAGGAGACGGUGAACAUAUGUUUUGGCCAGUUUCGACUCCCCUCGCCCCGGUCGACCAGUCGAUCGACGCGGGCGAGCGGGGAGCUAGCUAGGGUUGGAUCUUGAGGAUGGAGUGCACAUAUUGGAUUCAUUUCAUUUGUUGUUACAUGUUGUUGUGUGAGUGAGUUUAAUGGUGUUGUACUGUGCA